GUUACAGAUAGAAGAAUCUUCUAAACCUGUAAGGCUAUCACAGCAGCUGGACAAAGCCGUGACCACAAACUAUAAACCGGUGGCUAAUCAUCAAUAUAAUAUUGAAUAUGAGAAAAAGAAGAAAGAAGAUGGAAAACGGGCUCGAGCUGAUAAACAACAAGUGUUGGACAUGCUUUUUUCAGCCUUUGAGAAACAUCAGUAUUACAACAUUAAAGACCUGGUGGACAUAACCAAACAGCCGGUGAUAUACUUGAAAGAAAUUUUAAGAGAAAUAGGAAUCUACAACGUGAAGGGGACCCACAAAAACACAUGGGAGCUGAAGCCAGAAUACAGACACUACCAAGGAGAAGAUAAGAGUGAUUAA